GUAAUUCUUCCCUUUUCCCCUUCUACUCUUCCUUUCGUAUAGCAUUUUGAUAUUAAUAUUUUGUUUUGUUUUAAAUUUGAUUUUAGGGUUUGAGAACCAUUAUGUCUUCGAUUUUACCAGGUUUCUUAUCUCAACCGGAAGUUGCCAAUCAUGUACUUACAUUGGAAACAAGAUUCAUUCCCUGGGACGACGGAGCAUCAGAUCUAUUGUCCAUCUUUGAUUCACCGGUCUGUCCCGUAGAAGUGAAUCCCGCUGUUGAGAAAAAAAACUCAUGUCAAAUUCUAAACAAAAGCCAUUCUUGUCCUGAUAUGGAAGAUAAACCUUCUAACCUGACCGGUUUGAACGUUUGCUUCCCUAAAAGAGACGAGUGGCAAAAGAAACGAAAAAAAUCAAACCGGGAAUCUGCUAGGCGGUCGAGGAUGAAGAAACAAAGAUACCUAGACGACUUGAGAAGCCAGCUUAAUCAGCUCAAUACCGAGAACCGCGAAAUAGGCAACCAGCUCCGGUACGUUAUGCACUAUUGUCAACACGCGAAUAUGGAAAAUGAUCGUCUACGACUGGAACACAAAAUUCUACAUGAGAAGCUGUUAAACUUACGACAAGCUUUGGUGCUGAGGCAAAUCCAGCAGAGCUCUACGUGUGCUACUUGGUCGUGCGUUAACAGUACCGUUGUAACGGUCCAUCAAAAUACUUCAAUGCUAAGAGAUCACGUAAUUUGAGAUUUACGAAAAAGACAAUAUAUAUAUACUAUGUUGUUGUCGAUAAGGAAAUAUAUAUGAAAUACUAUUAGUCUUUUAUGUUCA